GCGUAACUACGGACUUUACGUAAGAUGUUGCGCUGGGUGCAGCAUCCAUCCCUCUGUACGGCCACGACGCGCACGAGCUGCCUGCAUACACUCACCAAAAUGCGCCAAUAGGUUUGUACGCCUCAUACCCCGGAUAAUCAAAUUAGAUUCGAUUUUUUACACUUUAAAGCGAGCGAUUGCAUCGUUUUCGCCGGCGGUGGUAUGAUCUGUUAACUGUAUAUUCGCCGUUAUUCACCGCGUCCGCGCGCACUGACGCGCUCCGGAGACACCGAGGCAAAAACCACCAGGAGCAGAUCGUCGAGGAGAAAAGAAAAGGUUUCCACAUGGAUAUGAUGAGGAUGGUGAUCGUUUAGACGAGGAUCUGGAUGAUGUGAUGAUGGCUGCGUGAGAAGAGAACGUAAGCAGAGCCAGUGCUGACUGUGAUGAUUCUGAUGGCAAGCAGGAGACUCCCGUAGCAGCGUGCAGUCUGUGUGGAUUACACUUUGAUGCCACAAGAUACCUGAUUCCACCAGUUAAUCGUAAAAAAAGAAAGGGGCAGGACAUGACUCAGUUGCCAUGCAGGCUGCUAUGGUAACAGGCUUUUCCAGCCCCUCCCCCCUCAUCUGGUUGGUCCAACUUUUGUUGUGGCCACACCUCCUUGGACCUAGAUUGGCCGAAGCCAGUCCCGCCUGCCCUGCUCUCUGUAGCUGUUCGAAUCAAGCCAGUCGAGUGAUCUGUACCAAAAAAAGCUUAAAUGAAGUUCCACAGAGCAUCUCGUCCAAUACUCGAUACCUCAACCUCCAGGAGAACUCCAUACAGGUGAUCAGGUCAGACACUUUCAAGCAUCUAAAUCAUCUGGAAAUUUUACAGUUGUCUAAAAACCAGAUUCGUCAGAUAGAAGUGGGAGCGUUCAAUGGCCUUCCCAAUCUUAUCACCCUGGAGCUUUUUGACAACAGACUACCGCUGGUACCUUCACAGGCGUUCGAGUACCUGAGCAAGCUGCGUGAACUCUGGCUGAGGAACAACCCUAUAGAGACCCUGCCAGCCUACGCAUUCCACCGCGUGCCGUCACUGCGACGGCUAGAUCUCGGGGAGCUGCGCAAACUCAGUUUCAUCUCAGAAGCAGCAUUUGAAGGGCUGCUGAACCUGCGCUUUCUGAAUCUGGGUAUGUGCGGGCUUAAGGAUGUACCCAACUUGACACCUCUUGUGCGACUGGAGGAACUAGAGUUGUCGGGAAACCAACUUGGCGUGGUGCGUCCUGGAUCGUUUCAAGGCCUGGUGUCUCUGCGCAAACUGUGGCUCAUGCACUCUAGGAUCUCGGUCAUUGAGAGGAAUGCAUUUGAUGACCUGAAGAACCUAGAGGAGCUCAAUCUGUCUCAUAAUUCUCUGCAUUCAUUGCCUCAUGAUCUCUUCACUCCACUGCAGCAGCUGGAGCGUGUGCAUCUGAACCACAACCCUUGGGUUUGCAACUGUGAUGUGUUGUGGUUGAGUUGGUGGCUCAAGGAAACCGUACCUGAUAACUCCACCUGUUGCGCACGCUGCCAUGCCCCACCAGGCACUAAGGGCAGGUACAUUGGGGAUCUUGACCAGCGGGAUUUCACCUGCUAUGCUCCUGUGAUCGUGGAGCCACCGACCGACCUGAACGUGACCGAGGGAAUGGCAGCGGAGCUAAAAUGCCGCACUGGGACAUCCAUGACAUCUGUAAACUGGUUGACCCCCAAUGGUACCUUGAUGACCCAUGGAGCCUACAAGGUCCGAAUCUCAGUCCUUCACGAUGGUACUUUGAAUUUCACCAAUGUGACCAUGCAGGACACAGGACCAUACACCUGUAUGGUCACCAACUCUGCUGGCAACACCACAGCGACUGCUGUGCUGAACGUCUCUGCUCCUGACCCAGGCAACGGCUACAGCUACUUCACUACUGUUACAGUUGAAACCGUAGAGACGGGGCAGGAGGGACACGAUUCGCCAGCUCGGCAGUUUGUCAACGAGACCUUUAUUAGUUUUCCAGGACCGACGGCCGCAUCUACAUCAGCAGGGCCCACUGGCUCUAUGCUGUCCUCCUUGUCACCACGAGCCACACGUGCACCAGAUCGACCGUUCACUGUCUCCAUCACGGAUGUUGCCAACCUGUCAGGUCUUGAGGAUGUAAUGAAGACGACCAAGAUCAUCAUCGGAUGCUUUGUGGCCAUCACCUUCAUGGCGGCCGUGAUGCUGGUCGUCUUCUACAAGCUCCGCAAGCAGCACCAGCUGCACAAACACCACGGUCCGGCACGGGCCAUUGAGAUUAUCAAUGUUGAAGAUGAGAUCGGAUCUGCAGGGGGAGCUAGCGGCAUCACUGGAGGGAGCACUGUCCACACGGGGGCAGGAACUGGUGGAGGAAGCGGACAGAGUCCGAGAAUUCAUGACCCUGAGAUCAUGACCCUGCCAAGCGUUGGGCAAGCAGACCACCUGAACCACUACUACAAAGCGCACCACUUUAACAACAACGUGCUGGGCUUGAACAUGACCACUGGAAUGCUCAACAACAAACCCAACCCUUCUUCUCAAAAUCAGGCUUCGACCUUGAAAAUGGGGCCUGCCGGUGACCUUGGCCCCAACCCAGGCUCGAUCUCGCCUCCCUUGCCAAUUCCCAUCCCAAUGGCGAUGACUUUCCAUGGAUCUCUGAAAGGCCAUAGUCACGUUCCCAAUGUGCAGACUGAGCCGCUGUUGCUUUCGAACGGCUCUAAGGAGAGCGUUCAGGAGACCCAGAUCUGAUUUCUCGCAUACCCGCGCACUCGCAGAAAGGGGGGAGUAGACUGGAUUUUUACGCCAGAGUGACUGUCAAGUCUUUGACAUUAUGGAACUCCAUAAUCCCUUUCCGACAGAUUCCAUGGAAUAUUCCGUUCAAUGAACAGAGACAGGCUUUUACUUCUGAAGUGGACAUUUGGCACUAUCGAGUACAUAUGUGCCAAAGCAAGCGUCUUUUUUGCAGUUCUUAUGAGUUGUGUCCGCGUAUAAAAAAAAUAUAGUCUAUAUUAAAGUAGUGUAAUUACUUCAGUGUCAGUUUGCCACAGUCCAGCGACACCGAGUACACACACUGAUGUACAGCAGCUAACAGACCUGUAUAAAAGCAUACACACAUUUACACUUCCUGGAGGUUGACAUCAUUAUUCAUCGCACUCACCUCAGUAGGUUGUGUACCUGUGUGUGUGUCUGUGUGUGCGCGCGCGUGUGUGUGUGUGUAUGUGUGUAAGGGACAGUGUUACCUGAGACUAAUUCAGAAAUAAAGACUUAAACUGCUGUGAUCCAGAACACAUGCUCAUGUUCACUCUGCUUCAUGAUGCCAUUCUGAAUCUAGCACAAGUGAGGAUCAGUUCAUAAGCUCAGAAUCCGAACUGUAAACGACAGCAGUUUCAGGGUGACAUACACACACACACACACUGUCAUCAUCAAACCUAGAGAAGAGGGCAGAGAGAAGAAGCCUUUCCGUGUGAGUUCUCGGCUGCUGUCCUCAGCAAAGGUACCACCUACCGUCAACAAGCCGCCGUAGUGUAAACUCUCUGUGCAUAUUUACGUUUGAAGAGCUCUCGAGUGUCAUAUGUUUGUCUUUUUCGCCUGUCAGUGCUGAGUUGAAGAGUAACAGCAGUGUGUAAGGGCUAUUUCACUGGCGGUGGGUGUUUAUGAUGUGCGCAGAACAUGUCUGGACUUAAAGUCAACAUGAAAUGCCAUUUACCUUCUGUAGUGUUUCUGCGUGAGAACAGGAUACUCGAUGGAUGUGCGGGGCGGAUCUUGACUUUGUUCAUCAGGGAUUGAAAGCGGACUCGAGGGAUUUGUGAUGUAGCCGAAAUGGAAAGGUCUGAGAGGCACUGCAGGUUACGUUUUGAUAAAAGAUUCUGAAGAUAUUUUUUUUUUCUUACUUGGCCUCAUGUGCGCAAGUUGAAUCGUGCACAAUAAGACCAGGAAUCUGUGUUUUAAAAAAGAAUAAUAACAACAAAAGUCCAUUUUGAGUUGAUGUUGACUUUAAAAUAAGCUCUAUUCAAGCUUUGAGAUAUACUGGGAUACGCAGCACAGGGGAAUUUCACCAACAUGAAAAAUUUUAGAUUUUUAUCAGAGAGAGAAUGAAAGGCAUUGUGAAAAUGUCUAGAUUUUUCUGACGGAAGAUUUUGCAAUAUGUAAUCUAAUGUAAAGAUUUUCAAGUAUACUGUUUAUAGACCAAAUCGGCGGGUUCAAGGGGUUGGUUAAUAGCCGGGGUUCAGGGAGGGGGAGGAAAAAAAAAAAAAAAAGGGGGGGAAAACCUUGAGCCACUGCAGAUUUAACAUUAGCCAUCCGGGUUCAGAGAGUAUUUACUUUGAGGAGAUUUACGGACUGACCAGUCCUCCGUGGGAGCCAUACAACACCUGCUGACUACAUGAAGCGAUCUCUUGAUCAAGUCCUCAUUCUUGAAUGGCUUUGAAGUUGUAUAUUAACAAUGUGCAAUGUGCCAUUAAUUGGAGUAGAGUACACAUGCGUGUAUUAUUGUAAUUGCUGCAUUAAACUUUAUUCGGUUUUUAAUUUCCAA